CAGGAAACCAAAGCGUUCGUGGAGAAACGGCGUUGUUGUUACAAACAGACUGUUUUUCAGGAUAUAUCUACCGUUCGCUGUGUUUAAGUCCGGGUUACUUCCUCGACGCCCACCAAAGCAGCAAUGACAUCUAAAGGUACCAAAGAGACCCUGGUCACCAGGUUGGGCUUCAAAUCCAGCAGCUCAACCUCCAAGGCUGAGGCGGAGCUGGAGAAAGUCCGAAAGGAGAACGUGCACCUCAGGAGAAAGAUUGAUGAACUGGCCAAAAGACACAUGAAACCACCCGACUCGGACAAAACCAAGCUGCUGGAGAGGAUCCUUUCCCUUGAGACGCUGCGAGAGAGGAACAAUCAGCAGUUACUCAUUAGAGAGCAGGAGCUAGAGACAAUGAGACAGCAGCUGUCAGCCAGAGGAGGAGAGGUGGUGGUAUCGCUGCAGGCCCAGCUGCAGCAGCGGAGGAAGGAGGCGGAGCAGAGAGACGUGUUGUUCCAGAGUUUGUCUCAGGAGACCGGGAGCCUGAAGAACCAGCUGGCCACUUUCUCCGCCCGGUGCCAGUCCCUGGAAACGCAGGCGGUGAAUGGACCGGUACCUCCUGCAGACUUGGCAUUGGUACAAGAUCAACUGAGAGAUGCUCUGGAGAAGAACCAGCAGUGGCUGAUGUACGACCAGCAGAGAGAGGCCUACGUCCAGUCCGUCCUGGGCCGCACGCAAGAGCUGGAGCAGCAGCUGGCCCGGCUGGAGGCCCGGCUGGAGGCCCGGCAGGAGGCCCCGUCCGCCGUUCCUGCUGACUCGGCAAGUCCAGAAAACGAGGAUCAGCUGAAAACCCACUAUGACCAGUUGCUUCUGGGGGUACAGAGAGACCUGGAGAAGAAAAAAGAACAGGUCACCAGAAGCCAACAGGAGUUGAAUGUGCAGAGGGAACAGACCCUGAAAGCUCAAGCUGAGCUGCGGUCUCAGGAGGAGCAGGUUGCCGGGCUCCGGGAGGAGGUGUCGGCGCUGCAGAGGAGGUACGAGGACAAGUGCAGCGACAUGUCCUCCUUUCUGAGGAAGUACGACGAGAAGAGCAACGAGUCGGAGGACGUCAAGAAGCAGCUGCAGCAAGAGCGACUCGGCAGCAGGCAUGCCGUGUGCGAGGAGAGGAAGGUGUCGUCCGAGCGGUCCGACCGGAUGAGAAUGGACCUGGAGAAUAUGGACGUCCGGUUGGAGGAGGAGAGGAAGAGAUCUGCCGAACUCCUCCUGCAGGUGAAUAUGUUGCAGAAGUCUCUUCUGAGCCAAAAUGAAGAGCAGAGGAGAGUCACAGCUCUGGAGAAGCAGAUCCAACUCUCCGCCAAGGACUUUGAGGAUGAAAAGCUUGACCGUCAGAGCAUGCAGCACCAGUUGCAUAAGGUGCUGAAGGAGCUCCGCAAGGCCCGGGAUCAGAUCGCCAGACUGGAGUCUGCUAAACAGCCAAACGCCCGGUUCUCAGAACCCAACUCCUACAACAACUUUGAGCGUCUCGCCAUCGACGACUCUCCCGGUCCCACGUCGCCCUCAAACGUCCCCGACCUCCUGGACGAGAGCUUCCUGGAGUGCCCGAGGUGCCGGACCCCCUAUCCCACCAGCCGCCACAGGGAGCUCCUGGCACACAUUGACUACUGCUUUGCCUGAGCUGGAAGAACGUCCACGUCAGGGGGUCACCAUAGCAACGCAUCCGUACAUGCAACACAAGCAAUUAUUACAAUUAUUAGAACAUAUCCAGGCCCCUAAAAUGUUUUAGAAUUUUUUUUAAAGGGAUAUAAUCCCUAUUUUUCAACUUAAUACUUAAACCAGUUGGGAACCUCUGGACUAGAUCAUAAUAUCCAUUCAGGACAUGUAACUCCUUUAAGUUUAAAUACUAGUUCCAUCAAACACUCCUGCAACAAAGGUGAGUCAAAUAUGUUAAACUAAUCUGGAAGGCUGAUUGCAUUGUUGCCGAACCAUUGUUUGUUUCUUUUUCUUCCAAUAGCUGAUUUUAAAGUGCGACGCAGUCGAUUGUGAGAUGAUUAGUUUGGAACUCCUGCUGGCAUUGUGUGUGUGUGUGUGUGUGUGUGUGUGUGUGUGUGUGUGUGUGUGUGUGUGUGUGUGUGUGUGUGUGUGUGUGUGUGUGUGUGUGUGUGUGUGUGUGUGUGUGUGUGUGUGUGUGUGUGAGAAUUAAAGAAGUAAGCAAGUGUUGCAGUCCAAGAGAUUUAAAAGAGUUCCUUAUUGGGUUGAUAUCCAAACGGCUUGAACAACUUGGUUAUUAAUAUUUAAAUUUGUACUUCUUUUUUUUUCAUUGUAGAAAUAGGAAUCAAGGGACAUUCUUAAAAUGCUGUGUAUUUCAUCACCAAACAACUUUUAAAAAGUCUGGUUUUACUUUUCCACUAGAAAACCAUCAGGAUCCGAUCAUAUUCUUUCCAUAUAUUUAUUUCUUGGGUCUUCCUGCUUAAUUAAAGUGUAUUAUUUUUUCAGUUUUUAUUGUGAAGCUCUUAUUGUGUCUAUUUGAUAGAAAUUUAUUUAUUCUUGGGUUGUUUUCAUGUUUUCAUCCAGUAUUUUUAGAGCCUGAAAGCUUUUAUUCUCCUCCAGAAAAUGAAAGCUUUGCUAAUCAUUCAUCACCUUUCUGUUGCCUCAUCGUGGGAAGCGUCUAGCUGUAUUAAAUGAAAGUUUACAGACUUGCUGAUUGAUAAACCAGCUGUAAACCUCCACUCCUAUGUUCACUCAUCCGUACCGUCGGUGUUUGCGCGGCAUCUUCCCUCAGGAUGUGUACUACUGAAGGUGUAUUUACUUUGUUCUGAGGAGCAAUAAUGUUUUCCAGUAUUGAGGGGAAGGACAAAAUAAUAGGGGGAAAUAUGCGUAUGCUUUUUGUAUUCUCUACUGAAGUUGAACCAACAUUGCUUAUCGACUGGGUCGUCUACGUGCCAGCUUGUCCUGGUUUCAGUGAAGCUCAUGCCUCCUCUUCUCGAGCCCGAGUAAGGCUGGAAUGAGAUUGCACGAGCUAAUUCCUUGGACUAAACUAUUUACGGCACGGGAUUAGUAAAGGUCCUCUCGGCAGGGGGAAAGGGGGUUAAGUUGCCUUUAUUCCCGCCAUCUUGGCGAUGUGACUCGGUAGACUUAAGACGGACGGGCAGACUGCUCUACGGUCGUCUUCUGGUUUUUGUUUUUGUUGUUGUGUGUUUUUCAAAUCAUGUGUUCCAAAGUUGUUUUUCCAUGCACUGUACUGUACAACCGUGUGCAAUAAAGAUGGAAAGCUCCUUCCAACACAGCUGAA